AUGUCAACAUUGAAGAACCAAGCAGGAGUAAUGAUGUCUCCCAACUAUGAAUUAUGGAUGCCAGUUAAUUUCUCAAUUUCUCAUUGUGUAAAAAGCUUAAGCACAAGCAUAGAAAAACCUUCAACCUCAUCGUUCAAUGAAAUUCUAUUAAGCAUGAGUAUUAGGAGUCGAUUAAGUACCAUAAUAAUGGUUUAA